CAUUUAUAGAGACAUUUUAAACCUAUUCUCUGAGUCUGCAAAUAUCCCAUGAUACUUUUACCAAUUACAGGAAAAUACAUGUCAAGACCAACAUGAGGGCUUUUCUUAUAGUGAUUAGCUUAUUAUGUCUUAGCCCGAUCAAAGGUGACCCCUGCUGUGACAAAGUUUCAAGUAAUUGUGACUUUUUGUGUGAUGACUCCAAAAGCGGUGGAUGGUGGAAAGAGAUUACAUGUGGUCCUGCUAGAGUAAAACUAGCAGCUUGCAGAUUGAAGAAUACAGAUAUUGUUACCCUAUUUGGUAAAGACUUUACUGGCAUUGUUCAGAAAGGAUGGAACAGUAUGACUAAUGCAUUAAAGACAUCUGUAUCAACAGUUUCUGGUUUUAAAACUGCUGCAGUGGAUGAACUGAAAAGAAUUAAACAAGAUGUCCUUGCUAGUUUGCACACUCUUCGUGGUAUGACAAAAGAUCAAUUCAAAGCACUUAUUUUUCGAUUUAAAGAUUUUACUACAGAGAACUUGCGUCACAUAUUAAACCGUGUUGACAUUGAUGUUGUUUUUGGAAAUAUCAAAUCUCUAGCUAGUACUGCUUGGGAAAGGUCACAAUUGGAUGUGUUAGCAAAGAUUGUGCAUAAAAAAUAUGGAAAUGAUGUUAGAUUAUGGACAUCAGGAAAGCUGAAAAAUUUAGGAAACAUUCUUGCUGGUUUACCAGAUUCAGAUUUUGCAAAAUUUACAGCUAAAGUAUUUGAUGAAAGUUUGGAAACAUUAUGUGAUGUUAAAUUAUCUACUCAAAAAAGAUUAAAUUUAUUCAUUCCUGCUGAAUCUCUAUUUGGUAAAAUCUCUUGGUGGAACAGUUCAACUAUCACACGCAUGUGCACCUUUGUUGAAGAAUUAACACCAGAACAAAUCUUGUCAAUAAAAUCUAAGGAGAUUGCUGCUGCUUUUCCUAAAUUGAAAUCAAGGUUAUUUAGUAAAGGACAAGCUAAAGCGAUUUUGAAGAAACUAAAGGAUGUUUGGGGAGAUGUUGGAACAUGGAGUAAGGCAAGAUUGAUUGAACUUGGUAAAUUUGCAAAAACACUAGAUAUUGAAGACAUCAAAAAGAUAAAUAUUGAAAAAAUAAAGGAGAUUAUAAAAAAAGAAGGUUCAGAUAUUUGGAAUGAUGCCCAAAAAAGUGUAAUUAUUAAGGAUUUGCUAACUAAACUUGGUGACCCUAAAGACUGGCCGGAAGACGUUCUACUCCAAUCGUUGAGCUUCUUCCAAAAACUAAGUACAAGUGAUUUAAAAAAUAUCAGCAAAUCUGCUGUGGUAAAAGUGCUGAAGUUUGCAAAGAAUGUAAAAUGGACAGAACAACAGGCUACUUACCUGCUUGGAGUCGCAGAUGAAAAGAUUUAUUUUUCAACAUUAACAAAAGACAGUGUAGUAGAUAUGGGAUCAAUUUUUAAUGGGUUUCUCUCAUCAGAUGUUGGUAAAUUCUCAAAAGUCGUGCUUUUUGCUGCUUUCCCGGAGCUGAUACCUGUUAUUGGAAUUGGUGAACCUGUUUUGCGACGUCUUAUCCAAGUGUUCAAAGAGCAAUCUAAAAAUGGAGAAAUAAAAUCGUUUGGGCAGUUUGUUAAAUACCUCACUCGAGAAGAUUUAAGUCAAGAGCAAAUUCAAGACUUACUGGGUAACUUGGAAAAGUUGGUGAAUGUUGAUUUCAAUGAAGCACAGAUUGCAGAAUUAAUGGUAAAGCUUCGAAGUAAGUUGGGAAACAUGAAUCUGACUGAUAGUUCUGAUGAUGACGUGCUGCCAUGGGGAUUUCAAAACUUAAAGAAAAUAGGAAAAGUUGUUCUUGGACUCACCAGAAAAGAAUUAAAGAAUUUUCCAUAUCGCGGAAUUGACACCACUAUGGGAGUGCUUGGAAAACAAGAUGGCUGGAAAAGAAGACUGGUUAUCGCAGGUUACAAAAGAGUGAAAGAUUUUUGGACUCAUUACAACAUAACCGGUAAAAACAUGACUGAAGCACACAUUGAAAUCUUGGGAAAGUUUGUGCAGGGAUUAACCUUAGACGAACUGAAGUCCUUGCCAAAAGAUGUUCAAAGAGUUGCUAUCCAAAAACUUGGUCAAUUCACUGGACUUCCUGAAGACAAGUUAAAGUCAAGGACAUACUUUGCACUGCAGUAUCUAAAGAAAGUAGGAGAUGGCAAAUUGAAUUCAUCAGAUAUCAAAUUACUUGGAAAUCUCUUUGCCGGACUAUCAAAACAAUACAUUCGCAAAAUCGACCUUAAAGCUUUAUGGAAUAACUUGGAAGAAAUACUAAAGACAAAAGACAUUCCAGUUGAGAACUUAAAAGAAAUCGUUGUAAGGGUGAAGGAAAGCUUAAAUAAGCAUGAUUUAGGAAAAUGGACGGUAGAAGAAUUAACCAGGUUAGGAAAAGCACUAAAAACUCUCGAUGCUGCUGAUUUAAGAGCUAUCAGUAAAGAUGCUUUUGAUGAUCUAGUUGAUCAACUUGGUUCAGUUGACAGUUGGAACACAGAACAGUUGACCGCUUUGAUCAGUAAAGCAAAAGAAGCUUGGGGAUCAGACAUUUCAAAAUGGUCCGAAAAAGCUCUUCAAAAAUUAGGAACCAUCGUUAACGGUCUGAGCACCAGUGAGAUUGAAAGUAUACCGAAAACAGUCUUUAAAAAAAUUGAUCAAUUUGGAAGAGGACUGAAGAUUAAUGACGAUCUUAAGAAGUCAUUGGCGAAGCGUGUUAAAGAGUAUGUUUUGGACAAUGAUGCUUCUAAUUUCGACAUCAAUAUCAUUAAACGAUUUAAAAACAUUUUAUCCGGCUUCUCCACACAAGAACUGUCGUAUAUUAAACUCGACACACUUGAUAUGUUAGAUGAACUCGGCGAGAGAGAGGAUUGGUCGAAAGAACAGAUUAAAGAACUGGCAAAGAAAGCCAAACAUGCUAUAUCCAACAACGCUCGAUCAGAUGGUGUGACUAGCUUAAAGAAUUUGAUUAAAGGGUACUCUGGUUUAGAUAUUCGAUCGAUCCACAAAAAUGCGUUCAAAUUAGCGGCUGCAAAGUUUGGCGCAAUCAAAGACUUGAGCAAGGAGCACAAAACGGAGUUAGCUAACAAAGCGAAAGAAGCGUGGGGAAGUGACCCUUCCAAAUGGACAGCAGGCCAUGUUAUUGAAGCUGGUUCCUUUAUCGACGGUUUAUCAAAGACAGAUCUCAGUAAAAUCCAACCACAAUACAUUGAGCAUAUUCCAAGUGAUGUGAUAAAGAAUAUGGACAAGGAGAAAUUCCAAGCAUUAACUAACCAACAAAUGGCUGAAUUAAGCGAUGAGCAAGUGAGCGCUUUGACAGAAACUCAAAAAUCAGGAUUACCUGAACCGAAGCGACAAGCAUUACAAUCAGUGUUGGAUGAUGAUCCGAAAGAGGAUGAUCCUUUCCCUGAAACAUCCAGCGGUGUAUGGAUUCACGCCACCUCAUCAAUGGUUGUGGUCACAUUUUUUGUUAAUGUGGUAUUUUGUAUGUAUUUGUAACGCGCUCCACUGAAAGGUUCAGGUCGGUUAUAAACUCCGACAACAGUGUAUGCACACCGGUGAUGUCACCUUCAAAGCAUCUGUGGGCUGUACAUGUCUUUUUUAUAUGAAACACAAUGUUUCGUAACUUUCAUCUGGUAACUUGCAAAAUAUUGAGACAAAUAAAAAAAGUAAAUUCAUAGAUUAAUUGGGAUUUAAGUGUAUAAAAUAGGGGUGUGACUCCAUAGUUUUUAGAAAGCCGCCUUUAAAGUUAAACAUCCAAGCUAAACCCAAUUCUUUCAAAAUAACAUGUAUAUAUUUAAGAAGUUAUGGGUAUUAUUGAUGGUUAUUGUUGCUAAAUAUAUAUAAGCCGUCAAACCAUUUUAAACAUUUGGCCAAAGUGCUUUUUAAUAUUCUAUCUUUGUCAUUUCUCUUUUUUAUGUAUUUUGAUGGUUAUUAAGGAUAAAUAUAUAUAAGACGUCAAACUUUUGGGCUCUUUAAAAUUCUUUUUUUUUUUGUAUCUCUUUUUAUGUAUUUUGAUCGUUGUUAACUCAUGUCCUUCGCCUGGCAGUAUAUCUGUACGAUUGUAAAUUUGUAUGUGUGUCUGUACAAAUAAUAUAUUUUACUAUAAAAAGCAUAUUCCUAUAUUUUCGGAGAACAAUUUCACAAAUGCAAGCAAACUCUGAUGCCGCAGUUUUUAAAUAAUAGUCAAGAUUUGAAAUGCUGACAAAAUCUGCAUGCACAAUAAAGAUAAUAUCACAUGUUUUAUACUGGCUAUACUGGUAUGCUCUAAAUCCACAAUGGGUGCUGUUUGUGUUGGCGUUUCCCUAACAGGAGGUUUUUUAUUUUUGUGAGUGUCAGGGUUAUGCACACAUUUACGAAGCAUAAAAAUGUAUUUUUCAUCUUAUAUUUAUACACUCGCAUUGUAACUAUAUUGCGAAUAUUUGUAAAUAAUUCUUGUUUCGUUUCUUUCUUAUCAAAUUUGAUACACUGUAGAUAAAUGUUAUUUAAAAAUAUAUCAUUUAGUCCAUAAAAA